AUGCGGCACCCACGCCACGCCACGCCGCUUCUCCCACCGGCGGUGCUCCUCCUCGUGACGAUGUAUUGCGUUUAUUGGUGUACUUCCGCCACCGCUUCACAACAGUGCGUGUUCGACGAGCUUAUGCGGAGCAGCGGCCCGCUGCCGACUGCGGCGGUGCGAGAAGUGCCGCGCAAGGAGCAGGGCGCGACGCAGGCGUACACCGUCGCCGCAAAAGCUGCGGACAGUGAUUGGAAGCCCAUCCGCGUCGGGGUGUCCAUAGAGGAUCUGAAGGACCCAACGAGGUACUGCACUACAGACAAAGAUAAACGCCCAAACUAUAAGGGCAAUAUUGUGACGUGCAACUCUAAGGAUGUCCUGACCGCAUCUAAAAACAGUACGCUGAUAAAUAACAUUCUACCUGUUGCCAUCAGACUUCACACGGACCGCCUGCUUGUUCAGCGCAUCAACAAUUUGUGGAAGGUGCCCGAAUUCUCCCAGAGCAGCAAUUGCCAGCACUUCACUGUGCCCCUCAGUCACAAGCAGCUUGGGGUUUCUGACGUGGAUAUUAUGCUCUAUGUUGCUGUUGGAGCGGAUAUUGUGACGUGGGCUAUCCCGUGUGCGGUAGAGACGAAUGGUCGGCCCAUUGUUGGCGCCAUUCACUUUACUGGUGCCACGCUUCCUUUUAUUUGGCCUGCAGCACGUAUGGCUGCGCACGAGAUCGCUCACGCCCUCGGGUUUAGCGUGGAAGAGAUGACGAGGCAUAGCAUGCUGUCGACCGUCACUUCUUUGCGCGGCAGCAAGUUUCCCGUGACGCUGGUGACUUCUCCUCUUGUGCUUAACAUGACGAAGACGCACUACAACUGUGACACUCUCCAGGGCAUGGAGCUGUCCCAGGAUAGUAAGGGCAGUGCGGAAUCCCACUGGUCGUUGCGCAACGCGAAGGACGAGUUAAUGGCUCCGUAUAAUGGCUACACCGCCGGCUUCUACACCGCUCUGACGUUGGCCGUUUUUGAGGCUUUUGGAUAUUACAAGGCCGUGUGGGGAAUGCAGGAAUUCAUGGUGUGGGGCAACUACACGGGCUGUAACUUCCUGGACAGGCAGUGCCCCGCCGAUGCUCACACCAUUUAUCCCCGCAUGUUCUGCGAUACUGCCGAGCAAUCUCCUCUGUGUACAUCGGAUCGUCAGGCAAUUUCUAAAUGCAUACUAGACAUUGGCGAUCUUUUUUCGACACCACGGGAAGUUUGUUGGACAGUCCAUCCUGUUCAGGGGAACUCCGCUUAUAUCAAUUCCUUUUUUACGUGUUUUGAGGAGGGUUCCGAUAUUUUCCCUGGUACAGCUACUGGGAGUGAUUCGUGGUGCCUCGAUGGGGAAGCAAUCGAGGCCAGUUCCAAGAGCACUGGUGGCUGGGUUUCAGACGUAGUCGCGGUGUGUGCGCAUGUGUUGUGUGGGGAUGCGGAGGUGUCGGUGAAGUACCUCGGCGGCAGUGAUUUUGAACCGUGCCCCGAGGGCGCCACUAUUACACCCAAGUCACCCUACUUCAGGAGCGGCAGGAUUAAGUGCCCGAAGUACGAGGAGGUGUGCGCCGUCGCCCCCGACGGUAGCAGCCUUCUUCCCCCAGUCAUUACCGACGACGACGAAAGCGACAGUGGUGACGGUGGUGACGGUGGCAACGAUGACCUCGACGAGGACUGCGAAGAAUAUUACGAUUGGCCUGAUGAUGAUUCAGCCGUCACUCGCACUGUUUCUUUGGCCUUACCUGCUCUGGCCUUCGCUGUCGCGGUGCAUGUAUUGCUUUGA